AUGGAACACAGUGUAGAUUGCUCAUCUCCUACUACUACUACUACUACUACUACUACUACUACUACUACUACUACUACUACUACUACUACUACUACUACUACUACUACUACUACUACUACUACUACUACUACUACUACUACUACUACUACUACUACUACUACUACUACUACUACUACUACUACUACUACUACUACUACUACUACUACUACUACUACUACUACUACUACUACUACUACUACUACUACUACUACUACUACUACUACUACUACUACUACUACUACUACUACUACUACUACUACUACUACUACUACUACUACUACUACUACUACUACUACUACUACUACUACUACUACUACUACUACUACUACUACUACUACUACUACUACUACUACUACUACUACUACUACUACUACUACUACUACUACUACUACUACUACUACUACUACUACUACUACUACUACUACUACUACUACUACUACUACUACUACUACUACUACUACUACUACUACUACUACUACUACUACUACUACUACUACUACUACUACUACUACUACUACUACUACUACUACUACUACUACUACUACUACUACUACUACUACUACUACUACUACUACUACUACUACUACUACUACUACUACUACUACUACUACUACUACUACUACUACUACUACUACUACUACUACUACUACUACUACUACUACUACUACUACUACUACUACUACUACUACUACUACUACUACUACUACUACUACUACUACUACUACUACUACUACUACUACUACUACUACUACUACUACUACUACUACUACUACUACUACUACUACUACUACUACUACUACUACUACUACUACUACUACUACUACUACUACUACUACUACUACUACUACUACUACUACUACUACUACUACUACUACUACUACUACUACUACUACUACUACUACUACUACUACUACUACUACUACUACUACUACUACUACUACUACUACUACUACUACUACUACUACUACUACUACUACUACUACUACUACUACUACUACUACUACUACUACUACUACUACUACUACUACUACUACUACUACUACUACUACUACUACUACUACUACUACUACUACUACUACUACUACUACUACUACUACUACUACUACUACUACUACUACUACUACUACUACUACUACUACUACUACUACUACUACUACUACUACUACUACUACUACUACUACUACUACUACUACUACUACUACUACUACUACUACUACUACUACUACUACUACUACUACUACUACUACUACUACUACUACUACUACUACUACUACUACUACUACUACUACUACUACUACUACUACUACUACUACUACUACUACUACUACUACUACUACUACUACUACUACUACUACUACUACUACUACUACUACUACUACUACUACUACUACUACUACUACUACUACUACUACUACUACUACUACUACUACUACUACUACUACUACUACUACUACUACUACUACUACUACUACUACUACUACUACUACUACUACUACUACUACUACUACUACUACUACUACUACUACUACUACUACUACUACUACUACUACUACUACUACUACUACUACUACUACUACUACUACUACUACUACUACUACUACUACUACUACUACUACUACUACUACUACUACUACUACUACUACUACUACUACUACUACUACUACUACUACUACUACUACUACUACUACUACUACUACUACUACUACUACUACUACUACUACUACUACUACUACUACUACUACUACUACUACUACUACUACUACUACUACUACUACUACUACUACUACUACUACUACUACUACUACUACUACUACUACUACUACUACUACUACUACUACUACUACUACUACUACUACUACUACUACUACUACUACUACUACUACUACUACUACUACUACUACUACUACUACUACUACUACUACUACUACUACUACUACUACUACUACUACUACUACUACUACUACUACUACUACUACUACUACUACUACUACUACUUCUACUACUACUACUAGUUCAGAGUACUUUGCUCAGUUCUUAUUUGUUUGUGUAUAUGUUAAUCUAUGUUGUAUAUGUAGACAUUUAUUUCUUGAUUUUUCAUACAAAGACAGUUAUUCUGUGUUAAUAUUUUCCACUCACUUUUAG